AUGGCCGCUGCAAUUAAGGCAAUCAAUGCGAAGAUCCGGUCUAACAAGGCCCUGGAUUACUUCUGCUCUACCCACUUUUGGGGCCCUGCCUCCAACUUCGGUAUCCCCAUUGCAGCGGUGAUGGAUACCCAGAAGGACCCUGAAAUUAUCUCCGGCCAAAUGACCGGUGCUCUCGUUGUCUACUCGGGAACUUUCAUGCGCUACGCCCUUGCCGUCUCCCCCAAGAACUACCUCCUGUUCGCCUGCCACGCCGUCAACUUCUCCGCCCAGCUGACUCAAGGAUACCGCUACCUGAACUACUGGAACUGGGGAGGCCGUGAAGCUCAGCUCGCCGAGGCCGCCAAGCAGGGCAAGGAUGCCACCGAGGCUGGCGCUUAA